AUGAAUCAAGAUCAAAUUGUUCUGCUUUUGGUUGGAAGGACCGGAAACGGAAAAAGUUCCACGGGAAAUUCAAUUCUUAGAGAAAAAUUAUUUACCCCCCAUGGAGUCUGGGAGCAAACUUCAGUUGAAACUCCUGUUAAACAUAAUGCUGGCUCAAUAACUGUUGUGGACGGGUCUGGUAUUGGCGACACGGGAGAAGAUUUGAUUGGCGGAGAAUCAGCUGCUAUCAAGUCAUGUGACUUGGCCUUUGAACUUUGUGGUAUGUUCUUCACAGCCAUCAUCUUGGUGCUGAAGUACGGCGUGAGAUUCACCAAACAAGAAAAAGACGCCGUCCGGAUAAUUAAAUUUCUGUUUGGUGAGGAUGUCUUGAAGAGAUGGGGGAUCAUCAUCAUGACGUACGGGGACAACUUUGAGAAGGAAAUAUUUGAGAAGGACAACUUUAAGGACAGCUUUAAGAAGGACAACUUUAUGGAGGACAACCUGGAAGGGGACAAAACAGAACAAUUUAAAUCUUGGUGUAACGAACAAAGGGGAGACUUCAAAACUGUUUUUGAAGAGUGCAACAAAAGAUGUGUGCUAUUUGAUAAUAGAACACAAAAUACCAGCAUAAAAGAAUAUCAAUUGAAGUGGCUUCAAUACGGGCUUCAGAACUUGGAGUCUGGUCUGUACACUAAAGAUCAUUAUAGUGUGGCUGUCAGCAAGCGGCCGAAGCCAAAUGAUGCUCCGACAUACGAUCCCAUGGAGCAAGCCAGGCGAUAUAUUAAAUGUAGGGUUGGAGAUUACGAUGAAAUAUUAGCCGGCCUCAAGGAG